GUAGUGAAGUGCCCAAAGCAAAAGAUCUUCAUAGGACUCUCUAUGUCUUAAAAACUUUUCUCUCUCUCUCUCUCUCUCUAUCCACAGAAAACCCAGCACCUUCCACUUUCAGAGAUCAAAUUUUUUUUGUCUAACAAAAAUGUUGAAGAGAGACUAAUUCCAUGGCGGCCUUUGCAAUCUCUUAGUUGAUUCAAUCUUCCUCAUCAUCUACUCUCUUUGAGGUGUGUUGUGUGUGUGAUGUUGAUUAUCACUUGGAAAAGAAAUGGCAGGAUUUUUCUAUCUAGGAGGGAGAGACAACAACAAUAAACAAGAUCAUCAUCAAGACAAGAGCAACUAUCUUUAUCUUUACAAAGACGAGAUUUGUAACACCAACAAGGGUUUCGAGAUUUGGCCUCCUCAAUACUUCCAACAACAACAACAACAACAACAACAACAUGUCACAACUCCUACAAACUUUUACUCCUUUGGAAUGAUCCCAAGUGGAAGCAGCAGCAGCAACAACAACAAUAACCGGAGCCGGGGUUUAUAUUUCAACGUAGUCUCCGAUCAUGAGCCGGGAGGGUUCACCGUAACGAGACAAGGAGGUAUGAAUUGUCAAGAUUGUGGGAAUCAAGCUAAGAAAGAUUGUCCUCAUAUGAGAUGUAGAACUUGUUGUAAAAGCCGAGGGUUUCACUGUCAGACUCACGUUAAGAGCACUUGGGUUCCUGCUGCUAAACGCCGUGAGCGUUUAGCUCAACUCGCUUCCUUGCAGCACCAUUCAUCCCCCAGCCGUGAAACGCAAAACUCAAACGCUAAACGCUUACGCGAAGUAGAUGGUAAUGAUAAUGAUGAUGACAAAGACCAUAGUGGUGGUGGUGGAUCGGCUCUUGCUACCCGUGUGGUGAAUACUAAUUCUAAUUCAGGGUUGGAGGCGAUUCAAAACUUACCACCGGAAGUUAGCUCACCGGCGGUUUUCCGAUGCGUUCGAGUGAGCUCGAUAGAAGAGGAUGAAGAUGAUCAAGAAUAUGCUUAUCAAACGGCUGUUAACAUUGGAGGACAUAUCUUCAAAGGCAUUCUUUAUGAUCAAGGACUAGAUGAAGAUCACCACCACCAACUUAACCUCCUUGCCUCUACUGCCACUACCACUAAUGCCGAAGAGACUGCUGCGAAAACGGCGGUUACUAUUGCCGGAAACAAUAACAAUGGAUUAAUUCUAGAUCCUUCGUCGCUCUAUCCGGCUCAACUCAACUCCUUCAUCGCCGGUACGCCAUUCUUCACACCUCCGAGGGACUAAAAUAUUGAAUAUUAUUUCAACUUUACAACGUUAUAAUAAUAAGAGGCCUUUCUUUGUUGUUGUUGUUGUUGUAUUCAUCUUUGCCUUUUUGAAACUUCGUGCAACUUGAUAAAACUCCCUUAGCUAGGUUGGUACUUAGUGACGAUUAACAAGCACAUCAUACGCGCGCGUACGCCUUUUUAAGAACAUUAAUGAGAGUAAAUUCAUUUUUCAGUUUUAAUUUUUGAUAUUUAUUUUAUUGUUUGGUUUCCUCUUGCGAUUAUUCUUACAUGAAACCGUCUCUAGUACAACUCUUUUUGGUUCAUUGCGCAGUAUCGAUC